AUGGGAAUGGGAAGUAACGGCGAAUUGAAGUAUGAGAUCUCUCAGGACGCGUACAUUAAGCUCGUUCUCCACUCGCUGCGACACAAGACGGCGGCGGUCAACGGAGUCCUCAUCGGUCGAGUCAGCCCUAAGGACGAAGGAAUCGUAGAGAUCUCUGAUUCUGUGCCGCUCUUUCACUCUAACCUUGCUCUCCUUCCUCCUCUCGAGAUCUCGCUCCUCAUGAUAGAAGAGCAUUACGUGGCUCAAGGUUUGAGUAUCGUUGGCUAUUUCCAUGCGAACGAGAGGUUCGAUGAUGUUGAACUCUGUGGUGUGGCUAAGAACAUUGCUGAUCACAUCUCUCGCUAUUUCCCUCAGGCACCGAUUCUCUUGUUGAACAACAAAAAACUUGAAGCCUUAUCAAAGGGUAAAGAUCGAAGCCCAGUGAUGCAGCUCUGUGUGAAGGAUGCUUCUAGGAACUGGAGAGUGGUUGGAGCAGAUGGAGGAAGCAAGCUACUCUUGAAAGAGCCAUCGGCCAAUGUAGUUUUGUCAGAUUACAUUUCAUCUGAGAAGUGGAAGGACGUCACAGAUGUUGAUGAUCAUCUUGAUGAUGUCACCAAGGACUGGGUAAACCCUGGACUUUUCAACUGA